CUAAAUUUACUUAAGCGGAGAAAAGAACAAGAUAUAGUUUUCGCGUUGGCUUUAGAUCUGACGCCGAAGGGUCGUGUUGUCUUCCGCGACGAUGCCGUGAAAACGAAGGCAUUGGCGAGUUUAACCUUGGAAAACUUUGAAUAGCCAAGUUUUAAACCAUGUGGGGUCGCAUAAAAGAGAUAUUCUGUUAUUUCAGCCCCGAUGUUGGUAGUAGACGAUCUGAAUCAAGCUCGAGCUGGUUGAAUACGCUCUGUUUCUUCCUCUUCGGCACUCUCAGUUUUUUCAAUCAAGAAUUACUCUAUACAGCCUCCGAAGAUAUCCUGAGCGGGCGAAAACUUCCGACAUCUACAAUUCUUGUGUGUUUCGUAACGCCAUUGAUGGUUACAAAAAUACUCGCGCCGUGGUUUAUACAAAAGAUUCCGUACUUGGUGAAAGCUUCGUACAUCGUUCUGUGUAUGAUUUUGGGGCUGGCUCUGAUCGUCUUCGUAGAAGAUAUGAGAGCGAAACUUGUGGGAAUUGCUUUAAACGCCAUGGCUACUGGUGUUUCUGAAGUAGUAUUUCUUGCUUUGACUUCGUUUUAUCCACAGAUUGCCAUUAGUUCUUUCGUUGCUGGCACUGGCACAGCUUCGCUGAUCUCUCCACUUUAUUACACAGGUCUGACCACGUGGGGUUGUGUCUCUCCCAAAACCGCCAUUAUGAUGACAAUUCCUUUGCCUGUACUCAUCUUGGUCUUCUACGCAAUUUUGGACAAGGAAUAUAUUGUGACUGCUGCACACGCCAAGCCCACGGAACACGAAGGGGUUGAAUAUUCCAUCGUAGGAUCAACGAACGAAGAUACAGAACAGACCACGGAAGUCCCCCAAAGACCACGAUGCGACGAGAAGCUGAGAAUCGGUGCAAGAAUCUUGCCUUUCAUAAUCCCUUUAUUUUUUAGUUUCUUUGCCGAGUACAUGUCUAACUCGUCCGUGGUGACAACAAUCGCCUUCCCGAAAUCGCACAUUCAUCCACGGGACCACUUCCUCUACUACUCGCUUUCCUACAGAAUCGGUAAGUUUAUUGGUAGGAGUUAUUUGUUCGUCUUUGCAUGUCUACCCCCGGAAGCUACUGACUUCCUGAAGUGCGAUCGGACGUGGAUUCUGGCAGCAUUUGAGAUGUCACACCUGGUGUUUUUCCUGUUCGAAUCUUGGUACCAUUUUGUCCCGUAUAUCUGGAUAAUGAUUGCCCUCUGUUCCACUCUUGGGCUCUUUGCGGGCAUGAUUGUCCUUCACUCGCCCCAUGCUGUCGCGCGGUAUACCAAGCCCGAGGAAAGAGAGUUCGCCUUGGGACUGCUAACUAUAGGUAACGCAGUGGGAGGAUUCACGGCCGGAUUUGUAGGCUUGUUCGUGGAACCGUAUCUUAGGGACGAGUGCAUCCAACAUUUCUCAGCCAGUAAAGAAUUCUGUUUUACGCGGAUGCGGAAUACCACAGGAUGGGACAGUAAUUUCCAUUGUUAAUUUCAAAAUAGAAGAAAGAAAUACCUGUUAUUUUUUUUUUUCAAAAUUAUUUUUAAAAAGUUCAAUUUUGCUUCAAUUCAUACCCAUCUUCAUUUUCCGGAGUUGUCCAAACAUGGCAAAAAAAUGCCUAGUUUAUUUUUUUCAGGGGGGGAGGGGUGGGAGCCUGGGAAGUGAGAAUGUACGUUUGAGCAUGUUCACUAUUGUGAAUCAAACGUUUCAUGAGCCACAGCCCACAUGCACGAAACAAAUACCUUAUAUUAACUGAAAAUACCUAAUGAGGGGGUUGUAACGCUUAAAAAAAUUGAAAAUAUUUAUUUAAUAUUAUUUGUUUACAUGAAAAAUUUGAAUGCAAUGUCCAAUUAGGUUAUAAUGUUUGAGACAACUAAGCUCCACAAUAACUUCAGGGUUAGUUCAUUUUUGUAAACACUUUUAAGGGGAAGCAAAUGCUACUCAUGAAAUGGGCAAAAUAAAACCAAAAGAUGUGGUUAAAAAAAUAAGAACCAGAGUGAGAGUAUUUAUAAGUUAGGAAAAAUAACGUUUAGUUUUUGAAAACUAGUUAAAAGUUCUUCCUGUAUCUUGACGUCGCCCAGCGUAUUUCUGGGUGACUUUGAAAAAUGCGUUUUAAAAGUGUGAAAUAUCACUUUUGACCACAAAGAUGUUUUCAGGAGGCAAUUCUGCACAGGAGUCCAUCAACGGGAUCCUUUAUCUCCACUGAUUCUUCCAGUCAACCCUUUCCCGAGUAGAUUUAGUUUUAGUUGAGCUUUUCCCAGCGAGAUGUAUCAUAUUUCCGUUUAGUCAACUGCGAGUCUCAGGAACUGAUUUCGCUGACCAGUGCAUGGGAACGUAUGUUUGACCUAAACCAGUAGGAUUGUCACAGCUCUGUCGUGACUGGUUCUUAGGACCUGAGAGAUCCCCUGAGGGCCUCCCUACUCGGGUGAGGAAUGACUCCAAGGCUUCGUUUGGAAGAGGGUCCCAAUUGGGUGAUGGCUUUUACAGCUAACGGUUAAAAAUUUGGACAUUUACAGCGGCUAACGGUUAAUUUCUUAAAGUUUUACGGUUGACGGUUAACCCCGCAGAUACCCUCUUGGAAGAUAGAGGCUCCAAUUGAUGGGCUCCUGAUUACAGCAAGUUUCUCUCUAAAUUCUAUCUCUCUUUCAUUUAAGUUAAAUUGAUUACUUGUAUGAAGUAAAUACAUCGAGGAAACAUGAAUAAACGAAUUAUG